UUGUCAAAUGUCACUAAACCUAUAGUAGUUCGCUGCACGAGCUUCGUCGGUUCGUCGCAAAAUGAUUUUAUACCAAUCGUUAUCUUUUCCCAAGACUACCUACGUAGAUUUAUGAUAACAAGUCACUCUUAUCACUAUAAAAAGGCGCGUAGAGAUAAUGUAUUUAAAUACCAAAAUUUUUAAAGCAAUUGCUUUUAAACCACCUACACCCUUGCCUUUGUCCUACUGGCUUCUAAUUUUAGUAAGAUUUCUAUUAACAUUGUUGCCACAGACAGGGUACAUCCAUCCAGAUGAAUAUUUUCAAAAUGUAGAAGUUUUAGCAGGAGAUAUUUUAGCAAUAGAUGUGGCCAGAACAUGGGAAUUCAACCCAAAAUUUCCAAUAAGGAAUAUAUUUGUACCAAAGCUUAUGUUAGCUCCACCAUUACAUUUUAUCAGAAUAGUAAAUCCCUACACAAAACACUUUUUGAAUAUUGAUUUAAGAACACCAUACUACUUGCUUGUUAUACCUCGUCUGUUUAUUUGCUUCUUGUCACUUAUUAAUGAUUUUUGUCUAUACAAGAUAUGUGUUAAUUAUGGACAAAAUUUUAGAAAUAGACUUACAAUUUUUGCGAGUUCGUAUGUGAUAUUGGUAUACUGCUGCAGAAGCUUCUCAAAUGCAUUUGAAACAAUAUUUUUCUCUGUCCUCCUAUGGUUGGUGUCUGAAUGUAUGUUGAAAUCAGACAAGGUGAUUUACCAUGAUGAAUUCUUAAAUAAAAAAUAUAAGGAGGCCAGUACACCCGUAGAGAAAGUGAAAAUAUUUAAACUCAAAACCCAUUUACCAGGGCACUCUUUGAAUUGGGUGGCUGUGUUAGCAACUGUAGUAGUGAUUGGUAUAUUCAAUAGACCAACGUUUGUUGGCUUUGCUUUCCCUCCCAUAUUCUUUUGGUUACAUAGAGGGCUGGGGUCAACUGUGGUUGGUUUUAAAGACUUCCACUAUAGAAUGAUAACAUUUAUUUUAUGUGGAAUACCCAUUACCCUGCUACUGAUAUUAGUAGAUUCAUAUUACUAUGGAUAUUUAACGAUGGCUGAUAUUGAAUCUUUGAAAUUAUCAUGGGAUAAUUGGGUUGUUACGCCUCUAAACUUCUUAAGAUAUAAUACAAACAUGGGAAAUCUGAGUCAUCAUGGCCUUCACCCUCGCUGGCUGCACAUCAUUGUCAAUGUACCACUUCUGUUCAAUGUUCUUGGCAUCAUAGCUAUUAUUGUUUUAACAGUUCACAUUUACAGAUUCCUUAGGGGACAGUACAAAAAACUUCCAAGAAUCCAGAGCAUUAUGGGUCUCAUGAUGUUCUCUGUGGUAGUCCCAGUCGCCGCUCUGUCUCUCUUCCCCCAUCAAGAAGCGCGCUUCAUUAUACCGAUUUUACUACCUCUUGUCUACUUGUAUGGAAAUUAUUUGUACCCAAACGAAAGCGAUGGUCCAAAGACAGUAAAACUGAAAACAUCAUUAAGAUAUAUAUGGUAUACCACAAACAUUGUAUUAACGAUUUUCUUUGGGUUCAUUCACCAGGCUGGUAUAUACCCAUUAACAAACAGUCUUCAUCAAGAAAUAAAAAGUACGUAUGGGCAUCACAUGCACGUCAUCACCACACACAGUUACAGCAUACCGACGUUUCUGUUGCAAUUAGAGAGUACAACACGUGUUUAUAAGGACCGGAGCACUGGGCGGCGAUACCGUUUGGCACCCACCACGUUCUUACACAAAUAUGGAUCUAUGCCCAUGAACGAGCUCUUCACAAAGAUAGACGACACCCUGACGAACGCAGAAGAGUUACUGCAUAAACAAAAAAGACCAUACAGGUUUUACUUCGCCUCGCCCUGUUCUUUGGAGGAGAAAAUACGCGAAGAGAAUUCUAGAUACCCUUACAUUGAUAUAGAAGAGGACUUUUCUAUCUACCCGCAUUUUUGUUCGGAAGCUCUACCGGAGUUCCCAAGUAGACGCGACCAAUACUGUUCAGGACAGAAUCUCAUGAAGUUAAAGGAAUCUCAAUCGAUUGAUUUGACGUUAUAUCAAAGAAUCUCUUGUUACUUGAAAAGGUUCUGCCUUAGGGUCUACAGAGUCAGACCAGUUGAAAAGACACAUUUUUAAAACUUAGAAAAGACACAACUAAAAAAAAAACAGAAAUGGAGCUUCUAAUAAGGCGUUUUUUUUUGUUAUUUGUCGUGUUUUAUAGACAAUGUAGAAAUAUGAUAUAUAUAUAUAUACAUACACAUAUACGUGAUUUAUUAGAAAAGCUUUACGUGAAUAGAAAGACAUCAUUGUUACUAUUGGAGAAUGUAUGAAGAAUGUCUGUUUUAUUGUUCAAUUUUAUUUAUGAAGUUUGUAUGUAAAUUAUGAAUGUGUGUUUACUGUUUUAUUGACAUUUUUUUCUUGUUAGUGCUAUCGUGUAUAUUAUUUACAUUAUUUUUUCAUUCCAAUUUUUCGACAAUAUUAUAGCUCAUUUACGGCUUUAAAUAUUUUGUUUUAAUAAAGCUUAUAAUGGAAAA